UUACUAGAGUAACAGUGAUAUGUUUUCCAGCCAGUUAACUGUUCAAGCUCCAGUACAGUAGGUGGAAGAUAAUACCAUUGUAAAAAGACAGCAACACAGAAACGUGUCGGUGGUAGUGCUGUAAACAAAAGGAAGAAAAUGAGAAAAGGCGGAACAGGAUUCAACGUUACAUGAAACAGAAGGUGGCGGCAAUUCGCCUGUAAGUUGUUUGCCACCCGCCAUUGAAGAAGAAGAAGAAGAAGAAGAAGAAGAAGAAGAAGAAGAAACCGAAACAAGAAACAAGAGACAGAAACAGAAAAGUCGGAUUGAAUGAAGAAGGGAAAUACACAGAGCAUGGAUUCCCUCAACAGACUUGAAAUCUUCAUCCCAGAGGAGGCUGACGCAAAAACCAUCCGUCUGUGUAGUUUACCAGCCGUAUUGCUCAAAAGAAUGGGCCUCCCCCUGCAUGACUCUAAAGACUCCAAGAAACUGGCAAUAUGGAUUAGUCCAGCAGUCUUACGGAGGAAGGGGCAGAAACUAUCGUCCAACACAGGAAAGGAUGCACUAGAAAAUGUGUCCUCACUGCUGGGCAGAAGGUUCCGGCCUCUUAUGGGUCCUUUCAAAAUGCCUAUUUCCUCUACCAACCGUGCCAUUUGCAACAUGCUGAAGGAUAUGAACCAAGGGAAAACAUGCAAGUCUCCCACCCCCUUGUGUCCCCGGGACUCACCACUACAGACUGGCUUCCCUGCUAUUGUCAUCUACCAUGGAUGCAUUUACCUGUGCAUCAGCAAGAACAAUCCAAGCAAGAGUCGACAAGACACUCCCUCUACUCACUCAUUGUCAUCUGAAAGCCAGAAGAAGGAGCUGCACAAUGACAAAAGGCCCAGGAAGAUGCACACCACAAAUAAGAAUGUGCCCUCAUCCAAGGCUGCUCGCUCUGUCCGACAGUCCGCUGACAGCGGGCAGCAAGUGGAUGGCCACAGUCACAAAGAUGCUGCAGGACAGCAGGCAGCAGAGGAAGCAGCAGCAGCCCCAGAGCCAGCCUGGUUUCAUCCUGAGGGGGGCCAGGAGGUGGGGGCCAAUGAGGACAGUGGUAACUGUGAGAUGCAGGACCUGGCCAGUGAUGAAGCCGAGCGCACCAGUCAAAAAGAUGAGGGGGUCGGUGAUGUGCACAUGGAACGUGGUGCAGUGACACACAACAGCAACCAAAGCUGCACAGGGAGGGAGUCUCUGGGCGCCACCUCGCUGGUGAGGGAGUGUGACUUUGAUGAGCUGGUACAGGAGGAGAAGAUCGCUUCAAUGAAGGCCAGACUCCGACUGAGUGAAGCUGCACUCAACAGUCUGCAUUCUUCACAGUAACUGCUUAGUCACACUCAGCAGUAAUGAUGUGUCAGUUUCACAAAAAAUCCCAACUUAUAUUACAACUUUGAUAGAUUGGACACCUACUUCUUUCGCUUUUGUGUUUACCACUUGGUACAGCCCUAAGAAUUAUUUCUAGGAGAGACCCUGUCAAUGUACGGGAACAGGAAUUUCUCCUUGACUGUUAUUGGGACAUGGAUAUAUAUGUUGUUUUGUAAGAAUCAGUUGGUUAUAAGCACACAUGAAUAUUUAUGGUUUAUGAAUGACAAUGUGACAUGUAUUCAAUAUAAAUGUGAAGCCCAGAAUAUAAUCAGAAACCAGUGUGCAUGUUAAUAACCUGAUAGCUUAACAGUCAUCACAUUCCCUUGACAUUUGCUCUAGAUUAGGAUUUAUAUUUUUCCUGAAACCUGAUUUGUUCUCUAGCACAGCCAUCAGGCCAAACUUAACAAAUGCACAUUUACAUAAUGCUGUUGAGGUUCUAAGAAUCUUAUCUCCUCUUGAAUCAUGUCUCACUUUGUUUUUAUCAAAGGUUCAGUGUGUAGGAUCUAGUGACAUCUAGUGGUGAAGGUGCAUGUUGCAGCUGAAUACCCCUCACCUCACCCUCCCCUUUCCAAACAUGAAAGAGAACCUG